UUCACAAAGGAAAUGAAGAAGAUUAAGAUAAGAUAGAGAAGGCACUCUUGAAUAAUUACCGAGAUCUGUUAAGCAGGAAAUCACUAAUUUCUUCCGCGUCCUAGGCUUGAUGAAAAGGAAUAGAAACGCGCGGAUCCAGGUAUAAUGACAAACACCCAGGAGUUACUGAAGGACGUACUAGUUGAUCCUAACGACCAUGACCCAGACAAACAGUAUGCCUACGUGGAAGAUUUCACAGAAUUUGAAGGCAUUUUUGCGGAGUCCGCUGAAAUGCAAUCCUGUGACAUUACUUGGGCAUGCUCGAAAUUUAUGUUUCAUCGUGGUCUAAAUUCGUACGCCAACAACAGCUGCAAUUUCUGCUGCAUUGCAGCAUUUUGGGGGACAUUGUUUGGAAUUGCAGCAUAUUGCGAAAAUUUUUGCAUGCGACCCAUGGGGAGGUUAUCCGAGCUUAGAAGAAAAACGCCGGGCUUAUCGAGCUGCUUUGGCGCUUGGUUGAGUUGUUUUAAAGAGCUGGGUUUAGCUUGUUUAGGUUUCAAGGGAGAAGACAAAACAAAGAAGAAAAGAGAUUCUGAGAUAAAAACUGUAUGAAUAACAAAUUGUUUUUACAUAAAAACAUCAAUCGGUAGACCACUUUGGAAAUAGAUAUAUUAAACAGGUAUAAUGUUAUACAUGUAUAAAAUUCAAAUUGUUAAUGAUAUUAUUUCAGAAAUUGAACAAGUAUAUCAGCAAAAUGCACACAAGGAAUUGUGAAGGAUCAGAGAUUAAACCAUUGUUAAAUGAAUGAUG